CAGGUCAUUACCACGACAGGACGAUCCCCCUUCCACUAUGAGCGCAUUGAUCACUAGACAUGGAGACCGCACAGCGGCUUCCGUGACAGUGGCGGCGGCGGCGUUGACAAGCUGCGCGGCCCUGCGUCUUGGCUGGACUCUCUACAGAGACUACGGCAGCAACCACAACAACAACAACAAGAACAACACCACCACGAGCACGGAAAAACAAAGCACGGAAUACAUCGCUUCCCCCAUCCAGACCCAAAUCCCACAUCUCUCCUCGUCCCAAAUCGUCAGCCUCCCGUAUCCUCCCACAGGUGCACUCCCUGGUGCAAGAGAUGUCCCCACGGCAUACGGGAGCAUCAGGGUGUACGAGUGGGGGCCCGAGACGGGCGAGAAGGUACUGUUCGUGCACGGCAUUAGCACGCCGUGCAUCGCGCUUGGGGAUCUGGGCUGGGAGCUUGUGGGGAGGGGCUAUCGCGUUAUGCUGUUCGAUCUCUUUGGCAGAGGGUACUCUGAUGCGCCCCAGAACGUCCCCUACGAUGUAAGACUGUACACCACGCAGAUACUCCUAGUCCUCGCAUCAUCACGGCUCUCCUGGCUCGGCACCCCAUCGCCCGCCUCCUCCUCCUCCUCCUCCUCCUCCUUCCAAAACAGCACCACUAGCGGCAGCAGCAGCAGCAUCAGGAAAGACCCGCCAGGCUUCCACCUCCUCGGCUACUCCCUCGGCGGGUGCCUGUGCGUGUCGUUCGCGACGCAGUUCCCGCACCUGCUGCGCUCGCUCGACCUCGUCGCGACCUCUGGCCUGAUCAGGCGGCACCACAUCGGCCGCUCGAGCAGGCUCCUGUACGAGAGCGGGCUGUUGCCCGAGUGGGUUGUCCAGAGGCUGGUGAGGAGGCGCAUACGGCCGUCUUCUCCUGCUCCUCGUACGACCGAGGGAGAUGCGUCCAUGAUGCCGGGCGCCAAGCGUCCGGUCUGUGAUGAGGAAGGAGAGCGCCACGGGGAGAUUGCAGGAGAGGGAAAUGCGGCGGGUGGUGCGAGAGAUGGCCUCAAGGCGCUGGUGAUGGGUGAGGCGGGCCCAAGCGCAGCUGGAAGAGGGGGAAGAAGUAGAACACAGGAUGCCGCGGCCGCAGCAGCCGCGGUCGGCGACGUAACACAGGGCAGCGUCAGCGGGGUCGCGGACCUGCUUAUGGCAGAAGGAGCCGUCGUUACAACAGCGGAGUCGCCCGCAUCAUCUAACCCGGCAGCUCGACAGCUACCCAUCACCACCACCACCACCGGCAACGUCACGCAGGAAAGUCAACAGCGAAGCAGCGACGACACGACCCGGCCAAGGAACGCCAACAGCGACGCCACCGGUGGCGCCGCAUUCGACAGCGCCUCGCUGUCCCGGCACUGGCGGCCUGAGGUGACCGUCUCAUCUGUCGUGCAGUGGCAGGUCGACCAGCACGCCGGCUUCGUGGGCGCGUUCCUGAGCACGAUCCGCGAGUGUCCGAUCUACAGCCCCCGGGGCGACGAGGACUGGCGGGCGCUGAGGGGGAUCUUGCUGGGACAACGUCGUGGUGCUGGCUACGCUGGCGGCGCUAGUGGCGGGGAUAAUAAGUCUGACAUGAGGAACUGGGGGGCGGCGGCGGCGGAACAAGAGGUUUCACACGGGAAUGAGGGUGCUCGGCGUUACUGGGAUGAGGAGGAGGAGGAGAAGAAGAGUGACAAGUUGUCGUUGAGUGGUCUCGCAGCAAAGGGCAAGAUCCUGGUCAUCCUCGGCGGCAAGGACUCUGUCAUUGAUCGUGACGAGACUGUCGAGGAUAUCACUGCGAUCCUGGGCGGUGGGGAUGAUAGUGAUGGUGUUGAUACUGGCGAUGCGGAUGGGAGUGCCUGCCGGCUUGUGGACUUUGUUGUCCUGGAGCACGCCGGGCAUGAAGUCCCCAUCACGGCGAGCACCGAGGUUGCGGACGCGUUGGCGCAGCAUUGGCGUGGGUAAGGCGAGGCAAGGCUGCCAGAUAAGACAUACAUUCAGCAUUUCCCUAAGCCUUGCCUUCUUGUUAGAUCUUUAGAUAAGGCUUCAACUAGACUUUUGCAAUACAGGAUCGUCGACCUUGCCCUGCUCGCACCAAAGGAUAUUG